GAGUCUUCACUUCACCACCACACACCCAGUACUGGUGACACUCAGUAGAGCGGAUGGUUACAGCAGUGCCUUCGCAACUGUACCACCUGUACACUCUUACGUCACACACAGGGGUGUCUGGCUUCUGGGUAACAAACUUAAUACAACAUUAAAGAUAAUAACUGUGAAGACAGCGAGAGUGUUGAUUAAAAACGAACAACUAAACGAUGUUCUGACAUGGAUGGAUGUACCGGGCAGCAGAUACAAAGUUGGCACAGUGAAGUCAACCAAAGGGUAUACAUCUUUUACGUUCAUUUCCAGCGACCUCCCCUUCACAGGUCUGUCCUUUUAUAACGGAUCGGUCCAUAACAUCGGCUACAAAUUGUCUGCAGAGGAAGCAGUGCAGUAUACAGGGGAAAGUUACUUGAUGGCAUUGCCGGGAUACGAUCCCUCCUCCUACGAUCCCCUGAUACUCGCCACUGCUGGGGAGACAGGAGGCCAGUGGCAGGUACAGGAUCCUAUCUCCGGGCGCGUCUGGUCUCGACGCUUCAAUCCUUACAACACAGACUACUUUUAUCCUAAUACCACAACAACCAAGGUAGUGCUUGUGCAUGUGAGAGAUGAGACUAUUCAGAUCAGUGGUCGACUGACCCCUUACACAUUAUUUUCUCCCCUUCCUGUGUCUGCGCUAGGCACCAAGUACAUCAUUUCUUCCUGUCUUCUUACUAACAACAUGUAUAGAAGCACAGGGUACAAAGCAGUCUUAGUGAUAGCAACACACAGCAAGAAGGUGGAUGUUGACAUCAUCUUCCGAUUGGAGGGCAACGUGACCUACAACGGCAGGACGUACAGCGACGGGGACACCCUCAGUAUGAGAUUAGAUAAAUAUAAGACUUUCUCCAUAAACAGUUCAUCUGAUAUGACCAGAACCAUUGUUAAUGCCACGGAAACAAUAGCUGUCUACAGUGGAACAUACGAUAUGCGCCAUAGAGUCUUUGCAACUCAUGAGCAAUUACUGCCUGUGAAACAUUAUGGCAGUGAGUAUAUUCUCGCUAUCCAAGAUUCUUCUUACUAUCGAACGUCCAUGGGUACCCUACCAUACCAACUUCAAGUUGUUACUGACCACAGUGACGCAAGCAUCAUGUUUAAUAACGGUUCUUCCGUCUCUGUGGGUAAAGAUGGACUGUACCGUGAACAAUUUGGAAGUUUUGAAACAUUUUACUUCAACACCACAAGGCCAGCCAUGGUCACAUUGUGUACUAUUGGGACGUAUUAUCAUUUUGUCCCUGAUGGGUUAAUUGUAGUACCACCAGUAUCCCUCUACUCUAAACAAACAACCCUACAAGUCCAAGGUAUCAGGGAAAUAAUGACAGAUAAAGACAACAACAAUGUACAAGUUCAAGAAAUGCCUGCCCUUCUCUCUACAGUUUUCAGUCCUCCAAUAAAGUGGACGAAAGUUCCAGGUACAAGAUACAAAGUGGGAACAUUACCAAGUGGUCAACACAUAACAACAAUUCGUUCAAAUUUUUCCUUUGCUGUCCUUGGAUACGGUAGAUUUGCCAUAUACAACGGAGGAUACAAUUUUAGGACAUAUCUUGAUGCAGAAGCAUCCACGCCAGAUGGAAUUAAUGAAAACACGUUAAACACGGGUGAUUCUUUUCAAGUGACCUCUACGCCAGAUGGAAUUGGAAACAAGUUAAAUACAGAAGGUUCCUUACAAGCAGACAAUCCGAACAACGCAGCACUGAUCGUGGGGAUAAUCUGUGGGACUGUUAUUGUGGCUCUCCUGGUCGCCUUUAUGUCAUAUGUAUUCUACAUCCGCAAGAACACGAUGCCACUUAAGAGUGUUGAAGCACAAGGCGCCGAUGCUCCCUCGACCUCCAACAUCUACACUGUGCCUGACAGUGUCGCUGAAGGUGCAGCAGAUGAGGCCACCUACACGGAGAUAACAACUAAUUGCACACCUCUCGACGUUAGCAUCGCUGACAGUUCUGCCAUAUAUGUCAAUUUCGAAGGUGGAAAAUAACUCGAAACAAAGCAAACAUGAAUUAGAACUGUUAUAGAAACCGAUUCCGAGACAUUUAGCUGUCUUAUUGUCUUAAACUACGGUUAUAAAGAAUUCGAAGGAACCACUAACUUUAGUUUGUUAUAACCGUAGUUCGUUAUAAGCAUAUAUACAGCAUAACUAUAGCAAAUAGUCGGGACCAAAAAAUCAUUUCGUUAUAUCCGUCAGUUCGUUAUAAGCGUGUUCGUUAUAAACGUACUUUACUGUAGAUACAUUCUCUCAAACACACUGAGUAAAUUUUUAAACAUUCAUGUUAUAAACAUUUAAUGAUUUGUGUACAUAUGUUUUAUUUUCAUAAGGAUAAAUCUAAAGUCGUAUUCAUGUGACUUUUCAGAGUUUAUUUAACAAUUAGGACAUGUAUCAGAAGGCACAAAGAGCUUUGAUUGUAUUACAUUUAAUUUCAAAAGGUAAGUACUGUCGUAUUAAGGUCAUGAAAUUGUAUCUGCUACAGUUUGAGUAAAGUACAAGGCAUCAACCAGGACAUGAUUCACGGACAUAGCUGCCCCCAACAACUGAAAUUUAUAAAACACAGAAUGAAACAUUUCAAUGUGUUCUUUGCCUUCAGAAACAAUCUCUGACCGUGCCAUUUAACUAAUAUGUUUGUAGAACUGUCAGAUGAGGGAGUAUUUAUUGAACAGGUUCCAGAACCAACUUGGUUUUAUUUAUAUUAUCAUGUAAAGUAGAAUCAUUAACAAUACCGCUACAUGUUGAUUGUGGAAAUGGUUUCUUCGUUUCUAUUCCUCUACUCAUUGGAAAAGGAAGAAUGAAUUUUGGAAACAACAUUGUGAAGCCUCAUUUUAGUUUUUAGUGUACCAUUUCACUCACUGGGCUGCAAUUGUGAAUCAGGGGGUCGAUUUGACAGCAGUAGAGAUUUUAAUACUUUUUAUUUUUCGUGUAGCAACUUUGUAUUAUAUUCGUAGUGUUGUUUUUUUAUCAUUUUAUUGUUGUUUUGGGUUUGUAUUUUGGGGGAUUUUUUUCGGGCGAGAGGGGGUACAUUUUUGUACAUUUUCUUAAUAACAUACAUGUAGAUGCAGUUUAAGAACACACUGUUAAUUGUUUCGUCAUUGUGGAAGUAGUAAACUGGAUGCUUUUCACGGAUGGUUUGGUUAAAGGUUUGUUAACAAGUAUAAGCAUUCAUUCAAGUUAGUUUCAAAUGAAUGUUCAAUGUGCUGAGCAUAUUUUCACUGUUAUACAAUGACUUAAUAUUUAUAUUUAUUACAUAUGUUUUUUUUACGAUAAUACAUAUUCAGCUAGUAUUUGUAAACAUAUAUUAAGAGGUUAUGUAAAAUGCUCAACAUAAGACUUUUCAGCAUGCUCAAACCGACUUGAUUAAAAAACAGUUACAUAUGGCGGUACUCGAGGAAGUGAACUGGUCCCAUCUGCAUUUGUUGUUUUUGUAGAUAUUGCAUUGUUGCGCGGAUCGUUCACGAUAAGGCUAUUUGGUGUUACGGGGCGUGCAUAAAGCACCUCUCUUUAAAAACACAUUUCAAUUUGUUGUGGUGAGUAUCCCUGACAUCCAUUUCAAGGAAAAGCACCGCACUGGGGUUAAAUCGAUGUUAUUAUUUAGUUAUGUUUAAUUCCAGAGUUUGCAGAGUUCUAUACCCAAGCUGUGUGACUAUAUUGAAAUAAGCAGGACAGGGCAACACUAUAGCAGUCUCAAGCUAGAUUUUAUUUUUCAGUUUUCUUAAAUUGGUUACUUGAGUUACCAGUGACAGUUUGACAGUGAUUAAAUUGUGUCACAUACGGUGAUGUGGGAGGAUAGCUUUAACUGACGGUUGAAAAUGUUUAAUUCUUGACUCUUUUUGUGUAGCAACCUUUCAUUGUAUUUGACCAUGUUUCUUAUGAUUUCAUUGUUUAUUGUUUACUUAUACGAUACAACAUUUAAAAUACAUUCUAAUAAUUAAUUUUUGUUAUAUAUACUAGUAUAUGUGUAGUUUUGUCAUUUAUUCAUAUAUGCACAUCUUUAUAUCUGAUAUAUUCGUAUUUCUUUCAUUUGCGAGAGGUUAUUUCUAAAUUUAAAGACCACCCCUUAAAAAACAUUAAAUCACCCUUGAUGCUUUUGAGAGAUGAUUUGUUUAAGAUCUGAUGUCUUCACAUGUAUGAAAUUUCAUGAAGCUUUGUAAAGUUGUGUUUCUUUUGGAGAUUUCUCAUUGUUGUCAUUGAGAGUCAUAACCAUAAAAAAUAGCUGGAACCAUAAAUAAUUCUUAAAUGUUUCAUUUUCUUAGAAUUAGCUUAUUUCCAUCUUUCAAUAAACUUUCAAUAAAGUAUGAAGCGACGUUCAUC